CAUUAAUUAAAAUUUUGUAUAUAAAGCACGUGCAGAACCUAAAAAAAAAUUAAAGCGAAUCAGCAUUGGUAAACUACGAUUUUAAUUUUAAAAAUUAUGAAAUGACAUAACUUAACAAUUAAAAGGUAAAGGAACAGUGAUUAAAAAUGAGAUCUGGAAAUUUUACCAGCCCUCUUGAGGCAGUGCAAACGAUUUCAAUAAUUAGCUAUCUAAAUACUCUCAGCGAUUUUUUAUUUAUCAGUAAUUUUUUAAAUGAAACAGAUCAAAAUCAACCAAUACCAGUGGUUAAUGCUUUCUUUAAUUAUUUAUUCGACGACUACGAAGAGGAUAGAAGUGAAUUUAUUGAACUUAAUUUUAUAACAAAACAACGAAAUGUAAUUCCAAGGAAUUAUAAAAAUUACAAUUAUUCCACCAUUGACUAUCAUGAAAAUCGUACCAAAAUUAUCAAUGAACGAAAAAUACAUUUGGCAGGAAUAUUAAUCGAAGGCACCGAUUUGUAUGGUGGGAAAGAAAACGAAAUUCUUGAUCCUACAUUCGUUGAUGCUUUAUACAGACAUUUAAUUAGCUCUCUUGUUUUUGAAAAGUAUACAAAUAUUUACGGAUUUCUUGUAGAGAUUGUUCGCAGUUCUGUAGAUGUAAAAAUAAAUACUAUGUAUGAGAAAAUUAAUUUCAAAUUGUCCGAGGAAAUAUUUCUCACCGAAAAUGGAAGGGAAACAAAAUUAGAAGAUUUGUCAGUUUCAAAAAUUGUGGGAGAAUUUAUAGUUCCUUUGCUUCCAAAAUCGAGGAAAGAAAUGAGUUUAACGUCUUUGGAUUAUAUUUACGCAGCGGCUGGAUCAGUAUUUCUUUACACAACCAAAGGAAAUAUAUUUUUAGCAUCAAGGGAUUUAGGUUUAAGAAAUAGUACUGAUCAGUUUAGUAAUUAUGCAGUAAUUUCACAUGCUAUUGAACAAUCGGUAAUUAGUGGUGGAAUUGAUAAAUCCGCUUUGGGGAUUUUUGGACUACCGGCACUACUUUAUUACGUUUACAAAGAGAAAGAAAUGCUUCGAACCCAAAGUACAGGACAAAUAAUUAAUAAUUCCACUUUAAGAAUCGAAGCCUACAGAAUGUUGUUCAGCUACCUUAAUCAGACCUUUGCCCAUGUGGAACAAGCACAGAAAAAUGAUUACCGAUAUCAGUUUUAUGCUGCUUUGUCAAAUUUUAAAAAUCGUACAACACUGGCCAGGGAGAACAUUAGGAGCAAAUGUUCCACGGUCAAGGACGAGGAUUUGGAGCAAGAGGUACUUAAAUACAAAAAUAAUCCUAAUGAUUAUCAAUGUAAUACUGGAAACGGGAAAAAAUUGGAGGAUAUUAAUCUUCUUUAUCAGGAACAGGUUAAUAGUCUAACAAAUAAAUACAUUGUUUAUGAAACCGAAUCAAUUAGGGAAGCUAUUGGUGCGGAUUUUAUUAAAUCCGUAGAUGCUAACAAGGUGAAAAUAUCUAAAGGUUUGUUUACCUAUAUUUACGAUAUCAGAGACGCUCGACAAUUUCAGUGGGUAAAAGAUUCAGCCGAUUUGUUUAGGUUCGAGUUUAUCGACAAUGGAACAUCAUUGUACUUUGCUGUUUUAAGGGACAACAACGAAAUUUUGGUAAUGCUUCAAAAUGAUGCUAUAUCGAAUUGUUCUACAAUUUCUAGUAGAGCUUCGUUUGCUACUAAUUAUGCAGCAUCUACGGAUUUAGCAUCAUCUGUUAAUUCUUUUGCUUCUGCUGAUUUUGCAUCAUCUGCUAAUUUUUCUACUUCUACUGGUUCUGUACCAAACACUGUAAUCUAUUGCAACCCCGAUGCAUUUCGUGAAAAAUUAGAAAUGUCCAAAUACCAAAAGUUUCGAAAUAAUUAUUUCCCGCAUGUUAAGAAACACAAAGAUGAGAAAUUUGAAGUAUUCCUAAAACGAAUAGCAGAGGAAAGAGCGUCGGAUUUCAAAGAAAACCUCGCACAUGAGGGAUACGAUCAAACAAACAGUGAAUGGUGGAAAGAUUUUGGAUUAUCACUUAUUCCGUUUUACACCUGCAUUCAAGGAAUACGAACAAAUCAUUUGCAGGAAGCGGAAUUUGCUUGCACGGUUGAUGCUCUAUUUGCCCUGCCUCUAAUCGGUGAAAUCGGAUACCUAGCCGAAAAAUUGACAACAACAAUCAGUAGAUCGAUUCUGUCUUCUGUAGGAACGACAUUUGGUUCCUUAACCCUAAGAAUGACAAUUCGGGAAACAUUGGAGAAAUUAGGAAGUGUUUUGGUGACCGAAGCAGCAGAAUUGUCUACCUUCUUCAGUAGGGAAACAUUCCAAAAUCUCGGUCUGGCAGUAUUCCGCUAUAUUGAUCCUGGAUUUGAACUUAUUUACUCAAUCGGCAAAGGUGGAUUAAAGUCCCUUGUCAAAAUAACCAAUGCCUUGAAAAAAUAUUCCCAUUCUUUUGAAUCGCUAAAAAAAAUACUACUGGAAACCAAAGCAAAAGUAUCCGAUUCCUUGCUAAAAAUAUCUAGUCUCAACAAUAAGAACGUCUACGUUAAUACUUUAUCCCUAGAGAAAAAAUCAGGCUAUGGUUAUCGGUUUUUACAACUACCAAACGAGAAUAUUGUUCAAAUUAGAAAAGUACAGGAGUAUGAAGCAGAUAUUCCCCUUGUUAUUCGCCAAACUGGAACAGGCAAAAUUAACUACCGGGCAGUAAACAUCGAUACUGGACGGGUAAAACCAAAAAUUCUCCAUCUUCAAGACGAGAAUUCUCUAAAACCAGCUUCUUCUGUCAAAAUUAGAAUUAACAGUUUUCAUGACACUGAAAUAUGUACAAAUAGAAGAUUCAAAAGAUCUCCCAUUAAUUUUCAAUGUCUAAGAAAUAUUCUUCGGAGUAAACGUCAAACUAUUGAGAGAGUUGCUACAGAAUUCGCCCAAGAAGAAAAAUACUCUCUUUCCAACGAGGAAAUUCGUUCUAAAUUACGAAAAUUCAUUUUCCCGGACAGUGGUGAAUUGCAUAUUAAUUUCGUCAAAGACUGGGGUGAUUUAAUAAAAUCCGGCAGAAAUACAGAAUUACCCUCUUGGAGCAAAAAAUACGAAUUAGCCGAUCCCACUCUUUUGGAAAAAUUAAGAUAUUCCGAUACUGUGGAUAAAAAAGAAAUUACAGCCACUGAAAUUGGUGAAAGAUUAUCGGCAAUUUAUCCCGAACGAUCGUAUUCUUUCACGAGAGAUGCUGAUUUUUUUAAAAUACUAUACACAGAAUCCAAAGCAUACGAAUCGGUGACUGUUGAAGACUAUAAUGCACUUCGUGAUUACGUGGGCUAUGGUUACGAUGAAAUUGGAUUAAAUUCACAAGCGGCAAAACAAAUGCGAGGAGCUUUUUACCGUUUGGCAAUAAGACAAUCGGAUGAUCCUAUCGAAGAAUAUGCAAUGACAUUAUAUCGCGGUGAAACAAGAUCACCGGAAAUUGUGGAAAAAUUGUUUUUUUCCGGCAAUGAUGAAAUAGAAUUAAAUCGAUUUACUUCAACGACGACAAAACGUGAAAUUGCACAUCAAUUUCAAAUUCCCAGACGUAGGGGAAAAAUAAGUAUUCUUUAUGAAAUGAAAUUUUCCGAGCCAUUUAUGCGAGCAAAAAUGACACGUGUUAUGCAAAGUGAAGCCGAAGAUGAGACGGUUCUUUUGCCGGGUAGUAAAUUUCACAUUGAUAAUGUGAAAAAAGUUUCUGUAUACGGAAAAGAGGGAUUGGAAGUGCAAAUGACUUUUAAGCAUCAAACACUUAAAAAACACGAAUGGUACAUUAAGAUUAUGAAUGAAUUGGAGAAAUUGAAGACAAAUGAAGAUAUUCCCUAUGACACUGAUCCGAGUUAAUAAAUAGAUUUUAAUAACUAGGGGAAUUUUUUAAAGUAAUUUCGAAAUAAUUUGUUUAAUCUUCUAUAUUUAAAUUCUAAAAAAAAUUCUCGAUGGCAUUAGCAUAGGUACACAACUUGUGUCAAUAAUAGACAAUUUUUUUUAUUCAAAUUUGUAAAACAGUUAAUAGAUUAGUUUAAUUUUAAGUACAAUUCAAUAAAUUAUCAUUUCUAACAUA